AUGCCAAUGUCAGCAAAUGAUCUUUAUCAACGGUAUUCAUCAUCAUGGCCAUUUUCAUCUUUAAAUAUGACAUCAAACCGUCAUUUAUAUCAUCAUAAUGACAAAUAUCGUCCAUCAACAAAUAAUCGUAUAACACGUUUUUAUAUUGAUGAUAUACUUGCUGAUUCCAAAACAUCAUCAACAAAUGAUAUAUGUUCACGUUCAACAAAAAAUCAUAAAGGUUUUGUUUCUCUUUUUCUUUUAUUGUAUUUGAUUUUGAAAAAAGAAAACUUUGUCAUGAAAAUCAGUUUUGAUCUUUUUCUUAUUUUAGAACGUUGUCGAUCAGUUUCGAACAGUGAUGAUGGUGAUUUAAUAAUAAAUACACAAAAGAAAAAAAAGAAAAAAGCACGAACUACAUUUACGGGUAAACAAAUAUUUGAGCUUGAAAAAAAAUUUGAAGAUAAAAAAUAUUUAUCAUCAACUGAACGUGCUGAAAUGGCUACAUUACUUACUGUUACUGAAACACAAGUUAAAAUUUGGUUUCAAAAUCGUCGUACAAAAUGGAAAAAAACAGAAAAUAUUUCGAAUGCUGAAGCUGCUGAACAUAAAUUAAGUACAAGAAAAAUGUCAUCAACUUCAUCAUCAUCAUUAGAUCAUAAUCGAAAUCAAACUGUUCAAUUACCAAUCGGUGGUAGUACAAGUAGCAAGAGCAGUAGUUGUAGUUCAGCUAGUUCUCAUCGAUCGGAUAAACGGGUUUAUAGUGCACCACCACCACCACCAGCUCCACUUCCUUCUCCACUUCCAUUACUUUAUUUUAAUCCAUUUUCACAUUUACUUCAAUCAUCAUGUUCAUCAAAUCAUGACAAAUUACAUUCACCAUCAUUUGAUGAACGUUGUUGUUCAAAUUCAACAUCACCUCAAUCACCUUUAGCAAUACCUGAAGCAAAUCAUUGUUCACCUUCUAGUAGUUCUACACCAUUAAAUGACAAUAUUGAAGAUCAAACAGCUGAUGAAAAUACAAAACCACAAUGUUUAAUUAAACAAAGAUCUUGUUCGAGAUAA